CGGGGGGCGCUAAUGUCAAAAUGUGCUAUUUCCCCCCGGCUGCCGGGGGGCGCUAGUGACAAAACUGUCUAUUUCCCCCCGGCCAGUAGGGGCGUUGGUGUUUAAAUAGCUAUUGCACACCUGAAUCAGUGAACACAAUCAGGUGGAUACUACGGGAAAAUACAGUACAGUAGUUGUUACUUCAAGCAGAGUCAACACUGACCGCUGCUUCAAGUAAAAGAAAACGACCAGUAAAAAAUAAAAUUAUGUAACAAGUCGCUUGCUUGCUUGUUAUUUAAUUUUAUUUCACCUGAUAUUUUAAUUUCAAUAAAAAGCAGUACCCAGUACUAAGAUAACAACUCACAGGCUUCGCAAAGGGCACAGCGCCCUUUUUGCUGCCGGGGGGAAAUAGACAAUUUUGACACUAGCGCCCACCGGCUGCCGGGGGGAAAUAGAUUUUACCGUGUUACAUAUACACAACACUACGAAUAUGUAACUUACGAUUGUUUGACUAGUGAAAGGGAAAAUUGGGUCACUCAAUCUAUAGUUGAGGGCCGAAAUAGCGCAGACAAUCAACUAAUUUUCAGGAUACAGUUAUGUGUGAGAAAUGCACGCUUAUUUCGAUACUGUGUUUGCUUGUGUGUAAGUUUUCUUUAUUUCCGUUACCUACGCUGGGGAACGAGAAACAGGAUACAUUUCUGAAACAACGUAAGCUCAGGUAAUGCCUGUUAAUCCAGUGGUUAUACCUGUUUCCUUUGGAAAUGGAACCACUAAUCUGUCAGUUUCUUCUACAAGCGUGCCUACUAAUGUUGGAACCAUUAAACCCAUCUUAACCAAAACCUCAGCAAUUGAUGUUUGUGAUGAAGAAGCCAAAAAGCUGUCUCGUGGAAUAUCUCGUACAGCAGAAAAUGCAUGUGUUAUCUCUCAAAUCCGCAAUGAGUUGUGUGCUUCACUUUCUGAAGUGGAAGAGCCUAGUUCUUUAAGCAGCCAAUUCAAUGCCUUAGAGACAAAUGACUGCACCUUUACUCUCCCAGAUCUUUCCACCCAGUCUGAUGAAUUCCGGGCUUUCCUUGAAAAUGAGUUGAUUGACACAUCCAUGGCUGUGUCAUUGCAGGAGGCUGUUCGCUUAAACUGGUGGACAUGUUUAGGGGAAGGCUGCGAAAAGCUUUGGCCGCUAUCAACGACGGGAGAUGGCAAUUGCCUGCUUCACGCCGCAUCACUAGGCAUGUGGGGAUUCCACGAUCGUCUCCUUAUCCUAAGAAAAGCCUUGUAUAACUUUUUGACUAUGGGAACAUGUCGCCAUGCAUUGUGGCGAAGAUGGAGAUGGCAGAAUGCUCGAUCGAAUCUACAAGCGGGAUUGGAUUUGCGCCUAAAUGAGGAUGAAUGGCGACGUGAAUGGGAUAAUAUUCUGAAAUUGGCCAGCUCUCAACCGCGGACGUCGGGUUCAUCAACGCCUAGUGCAAGUGAAACAGAAGUCGAUGGCCGCGGUGAAUCCUUCAGCACCUCGAAAACUUACGAGUCACUGGAAGAAAUACAUGUUCUAGCAUUAGCCCAUGUUCUAAAGCGGCCUAUUUUUGUCAUCGCGGACACUGUUUUAAAGGACGUCAAUGGAGAAGCUUUAGCGCCUAUCCCUUUUGGUGGCAUCUAUCUUCCUCUAGAAAUUGAACCUAGCGAAUGCAGUCGGUCUCCUUUAAUUUUGGCCUAUGAUGCAGCCCAUUUUUCAGCUUUGGUUGCCAUGACGCCCCAAAAGAAAUUUUCGCCAACAACGUGUGAACAAGCUCUCGACCCCCCCGCCGUCAUUCCUCUGGUGGAUGUCGAUCGUGAAUUAUUACCUAUUCAGUUUGAGGUGGAUCCGGGCGAGGGAUGCGUUUGGAAUCGGGACGAGUUCAAUGAAGCAGUUGUUCAAAGGGUUGCCUUCACGCACGAAGAUCGUCUUGCGUUGCUGAACCAAUUUCUCGAUUUAGUCGACAUUCUGUGUCCGGCAGUCAUUAAAAAUACCAGUUCCAAAACUCCCAAAGUCAAAAAUGAUACCAAAACCAACGGCACUCUCAGUCGUCCCGCAUACGACACCGAAGGAUGGAAUAGUGAUGGGGAGUUCAAUGGUCGACUCGGCCCGCCUGGUUACAAGGCACCAGGGAAACAGCUUCAUAGUGUGGCCAAGCAAUUUGGCAGUCUUGGACGUUCUGUUGGUCGCAAAAUCAGAAGAAAUUUGAUUGAUAAUUUCACAGUUAAGCAUCCGCAACCAUCUUCAGCCCGGCUCAAUAAUGUACAGUGGGAAUGUCCUGAUUUCAUACUUUGUGCCCGUCUACACACCGAGAAACACCAUCCGUGCCUGGAACAGAUGAUCACAAACUAUUUACAAUCGGCUCGCCAACGGUUUGAACAACAACAGGCUGAACGUCAGCGCCAAACGCUAGUCUGGCAGCGCCGGAAGCAACACACUCUGGCCGAAAUGGCCAUCCAAGAGGGACCUAGCCCUUGCAUUAAUCCCAACUGCUCCAUGUUUGGAACUGCCCUUACGAGCUACAUGUGCACUGCUUGUUAUGCAAAACAACUUGAACAAGAGGAAGAACGGGCCAAGAAUCUGAAAGUAGCUACCAACAAAUCUACUAAUGGCAAUCAAAAUGCACUUUAUGGUAUAGGAAAAUCAGUUUUCUAUGCCCAGUCAGACAGUCAGUCUUACGCCGACGCCUCCAGUAUUCCGGCACGGAGACCACCGAGUGGUCAAAAUGGGACGCUCUAUCUAUCAAAUUCCACCUUCUAUGGUGAUGCUGUUUCGUCCAGUAGCACAUCUCCUUCUCCCAAAAAGGAAGAAAAGAUAGUUUUCGAGAAGAUAAGUCCUAGUAUUUGCGACAAAUUCAAGCAUUCGAUUCCUAACGUGUUAGAACCAGUUGGACAAACAAUGACGCAAAGCUUACAAACUGUUACAAAAGUUAACGAUCGAAACGGGUCAAUCAAACUUACUAAAGAAAUAAUGGAUUUGGGGCCGAACCAUCCUGAAGAACAAGAAAGGCAGUCGCAGCCGAUUCGUCCACCCAGAGCACAGCCAUCAAAUAUUAAAAGUAGGGGACAUUCAUUAGUGGAUGCCGAGGCACCACGGGCUUCUCCCGCUGUUGAGAAAGUGGCACAACAGCCUACGUCUCGACUACUAUCUCAUUAUGAAAGCAUCCGUAAACCGUGCAAAUCAACUGGGUGUACUUCCUACGGAUUGGCAAAUACCCAGUGGUUUUGCGCCGAUUGUUUUUUUAUUCGCAAAAAAGCUGCCCUUGAUCGGGAAUCGAUCCUUGAAGAUCUGAAAGCUGCCCAAAUGCAAUAGCGAGAAACGCAAAUUUGGCAUUGAGUGUCUCAGCCCAACUCUGUUCAUAAUCUACUAUUUGUCUCUACAGGGAUACCGUUCCUUUUUUUAAAAAAUUCCUUACAAAUAUUGGUAAAUUUUAAAGAGAACUAGUAGCCAACGAUUCAAUUGAUUGCCUUAUUUUUCAUGAAUUAGCGUCAAGCACUUCCCGUUAUCUCACGCUUUUGAAACGAAUUUAAGCGAAAGAAAUUUAAACGUAAAGUUGAAUUGUCAGUGUAUGGUUGUUAAGUAUUUUUUCUUUGCGUGGCUUUGAGUGGACAGUGGUCGUUUUUGUGCCGUUGUUAGUCUCUCAUAAAAUUUGCUGAGUCAAUAUUUAGUCGUCACGUUCUUUUGUUGAGAAUAAUAGCUUUCUCUCUUUGGUCCAGUUUGUAAUCUCCUAAUCAAGUUUAAUCUUUAAUCGUAUUCUUCGGUCCUUGGUAGAUGAAGUUGCUUCCGUCACAUUUAAAUCUAGUUUGCUAUUUUUAGGAUACAACUCUCUCAAUCGGGAAAUGGUUGUUUCUCUUUUUUUACAUCACUAAGAUAAUCGAUCAAAGAACUUCAUACCUUGCAUUUAUUUUGAUGUAGCUAAUGAUAUAUUACUAUAUAUACGUAUAUAAAUAAAGUUAUGUUAAUCGUGAUUGCUGUAAUACACGACUUGCUCAUACCAA